AUGAAGGUUACAUUCAAAACUUUAAAGCAGCAAACUUUUCAGUUGGAACUGCAGGAGGAUGACUUAGUUCGAGAGGUCAAAAAACGCAUUGAGGCGGAGAAGGGCAGUGAGUUCAGCGCUUCCUCACAAAAGCUGAUUCAUUCGGGUAAGGUGAUGGAAGAUGAGAAGACGCUUAAGGAAUAUAAGGUUUCGGAUAAAGGGUUUAUCGUAGUUAUGUCAACCCCGAAGCAGCCUCCAAAAGAGACCUCUCCUCCUACUGAGAAACAACCGACGUCAGACACCGCAAGUCCUCAACCAGCUUCUCAGCCUGCUCCACCACCUGCAACUGCUGUAGAGGCAACUCCUGCUACGCAGCCGACACCUGCUUCAAUAAGCACGACUGCCGCCUCCGGAGCGAUUAACGAAGGAAUAGGUGGCGAAAACGCUUUAGUGACAGGUGCAGAAUACGAACGUUCGGUUGUGCGUGCUCUGAGAGCUAGCUUCAAUAACCCUGAUCGGGCGGUUGAAUAUCUUCUUUCGGGUAACAUUCCUAACAUUGGUAUUGCGGAGCCUUCUGCAGCUCCAGAGCGAACAGCACCUGAGCCCGCUCGACCGGAUGCCCCAGGAGAAGAGCAAUCACCACCAGAGUCAGCUGCUUCAGAUGAUCCGAUCGCUGCACUUGCCAGUCUGCCGCAGUUUCAACAGAUGCGUGCUCUAGUCCAAGAGAAUCCCGAACUUCUGCCUCAGCUGAUACAACAAAUUGGAUCCGAAAACGCAGAUCUUCUCCGACUAAUUCAGGAAAACGAGCAGGGUUUCUUAGAGUUUCUCAAUGCACCUAUCUCUGCCGAGGGAGCAGAUGCGGAGAGUCGUGAAUCCACAGAGGCUGGUGCCCCCGGAACUCGACGUCCAGAACCGCGGCAACACAUUUUUACAAUGACUGUUGAGGAACGAGCAGCCAUCGAUCGUCUCAAAGCUUUGGGAUUCCCAGAAGAGUUGGUGAUACAGGCGUAUUAUGCCUGCGAGAAGAACGAAGAUGCCGCCGCCAAUUUCCUUCUCAGCGAGGGUCUUGAUGAUGAAAUGGUUUGA